AUGACGACCCAAUUGCUUGCCACGGAGCUCGCGAACCUCAUCUCAGAGAGCAAGCGCAAGCAUACCGACCUCCGACAGGCAGCCGAGAAAGCUCUCGAGGAGCUCAAAGCCGUCACCAGCAAAGCAUCCAACGAGGCCCAAGCCAUAUCUGAACUCACGCAACGACCCAACUUUGUCAACCCCUUCGUCAUUGCUUGCGGCACUAAGAAUACCAAGUUCACCGCCAUCGCCAUCGUCUGUCUCCAACGCCUCAUCCUUGUCCGGGCCUUACCCAGAGGAAAGCUCAGUCAUGUCCUUGAGGCCUUGAGAGAGGCCACGUCUGCUGGACUCGAUGUGCAGCUCAAAAUUCUGCAAAUUCUACCCACGCUGUUACAAAACUACGCUGGGGAUGUGAAGGGCGACUUACUGGUCACAGCCUUGAAUAUCUGCUUCAUCCUACAGACUAGCAAGAAUGCAAUCGUCAACAACACCUCAGCUGCGACGCUGCAGCAGCUCGUGGUCUCCGUCUUCGAUAAGGUGGUCACCGAGGAUCCAGGCGAGGCUCCUACAGCGGACGCAGACAUUCCGCUUCGCGAAGCCGCCCUCGAUGCAUACAGAAUCUUCAAAGACCUGUGCCUCAUGACGGAAAACCAGCGACCUGAGUAUCUCAGGUUGUCUGCUUUGCCGCAGACCUUUGGCCUCGAGCUGAUAGAAUCUGUUCUGACGAACCAUGCGGCGAUCUUCGUAAGCCACCCGGAACAGGCGUUCAUCCUUCAGAGUCGGGUCAUGCCGUUCAUCAUCAGCGCCCUGAAGGACAGGCCAAACUUUGCGACCUCGGUGCGGCUCGACACGGCUCUCUGGAAACGAGCCCUCUGUAUGGAGGUCUUCCGCGGCAUUUUCUCUGAACAUGCUCUCCUCCGCCGAAUCUUCAUGCUCUAUGAUGCCAAAGAGGGCGAGAAGAAUAUCCUCCAGACGCUGACGGCAACCUUUGUCCGGAUAAAGUACCGAAAAACCUGCUGUCAUCGGACUGGGCCAUCAGUCGACUUUGCCCCGUGGCGAAUCCGUAUGCGAAUUCCGGCGCGACUGCCGACCAGGUCGUCUUGGAAAACAGGUGGCGUCACUGGUAUCAUGAGCGGCUCCGUCGGAUCUGAAGGCUCAAACACCGGAAUCAGCUCUCAAUGGAGCAACAUGCGAGUGCCUUGCAUUGAUCAACUGGACAAGACGGAGCCGCCAUCCAUUCCGGAGUCGUAUAUCUACAGUCUCACUUUGUCCUGCAUCUCCUCCUUCUCGGAAGGGCUGGCCAAGUUCAUCCUGCCCCUGACGGUGUCGGCAGAGGGGAGAAGCCGAAAGAGAAGCUUGAGGCAAGACGUCGGGCGAGAAUCCCCAGGACCAACUGCGGAAGACUCUCCUCAUGCACUUGGCCCUCGAGGUCAUCUUGAGCGAGCAGGGUCUUUCAAGAGAAACCCAGUGCCUCGAAACCCCCUCACAUUGGAAGACCAUCCGUUGUACGCGGAAGUCAAGAUUUGUGCUGCGAUUGUAGACGAAUGCUGGCCCGCCAUUCUCGCUACCUGCUCGACGUUCCUCAACGCGGCGCUAGAUUCCGAAUACUACCACAGUCUGGUCAGGGCGUUCCAGAAGUUUGCCCAUGUUGCUGGCCUGCUUCAGUUGUCAACACCACGAGAUGCCUUUCUUACAACGCUCGGAAAGGCCGCCGUGCCUCCCAAUGUAUUCACUGCUUGCCUGAACGCCGGCAGCAAUGCGCGCACCCCUAGCUUCGAUGCAUCAAGUACAUCCCACAACAGUAUCCUCAGCAACGCCAAGGGCUUGCUCAGUGUGGACAGUCUAGUUGGACAAGGCCCCUCGGCAGCGGAAAGAGGUCGUCAGCCAUCGGUUGAUGCCAGCGGUGCCACACUUACAACCCGAAAUUUGCUUUGCCUCCGGGCGCUGCUCAAUCUUGGAAUUGCUUUGGGCCCUACGUUGGGGCCAUCCUGGCGCAUCAUACUAGCAACACUUCAGCAGGCUGACUUUGUGCUCUUCUCAACCCACAAGACACCGUCGAGGACACCAACCGCGAUUCGGGGUCAAGACAAUCAAGUCGAAGGGGAUUCCAACUCGCUAGUAGCCAACUUUGGCGCAGAAACCAAGGCAGUUGAGACGGCAGCAUCACGUCUCAUUGAAAGCACGGUUGACUUCCCCAAUGACGCAUUCAUACAGGUUGUCGAUGCGAUUUGCGCUCUCCUAGAUACGAAUGCCGAAGACAAAACAGAGGAAGGCAGUCGGCCCCAGUCGCCCCCAGGCGGUGCUACUUUGAAGCCGACGAGCCAACAUCGAAAAGCACCAAGCCCGUCGGCUGGUGCCUCGGCGCCCAAUCAGCAAGAUCAGUUCGCUUUGGCCAAACUUGGAGAUAUUGCUACCAUCAAUAUCGAGCGACUCUUGUCAUAUCCGCCUGAUGUGUCAGGCUGGGGCUCCCUCGUUGGUCAACUUGCCGAGACCCUCAAUUCGACGACUGCCAACGCGUCGGUCCGCCUGAGAGCUGCGGAAAUUCUCGUGAACCUGGCACUGGAAUCGGCCAACGUCGCUUUGACGCUCGAGCCUGAAGAGCGAGGCCCUGUCCAACUACAAGUCCUCGAGUCGUUGCGAAAUGCCCUGCGGCCACUCGAGAAGGAGGAUCGCGAUACUUCGGUGGCAAAUCACGCAACAGAUGUUGAGAUACACAAAGUCAUUCUUGAGGGGCUGAAGAGCCUCCUGGAAAACUGCGGCGAGGCGCUUGUUAGCGGGUGGGAAAUCGCCUUUGAGAUCAUCGGAUCUAUCUUUAUGAACCGAACGAUUGCACCAGACGACAGAAAGCCUUCGGAUGCACCGACGGCUACGCUGCUAACAAGAUCUCCGAAACUGGUUCGUUCGUCGUUCAGCUCAUUGCAGCUCAUUUGUUCCGACUUUCUUACAUCGCUCCCGAACGACUGUUUUCUCAUUCUCGUUGAUACCCUUUACAAAUUCUCUUCGCAAUAUGACGAUCUCAACAUCGCUUUGACGACCGUUACGUUCUUCUGGGUUUUGUCAGACCACCUGUCAGGGAAGAACAAGCCAAUGUCUAUCACGACGAGCCUCAUGGACGGCGCAGAAGUAUCAGACCUGGCCGCACUCGCAGGCAAUCCCAAGCACAAGUCGUCAAAUGCUGCACUCUGGAUGCUUCUAUUACUUCGCCUCACUACUGUCACAGCAGACGAUCGUUUAGAGCUUCGGAACAGCGCCAUCCAGACCCUGCUCCGCAUCUUUGACGCCUACGGCGACAAUUUGAACCCAGAGGCAUGGUUCACCUGCGUCAACGAGGGGGAUGAAGAUGAUCGGAAAGAAUGGCACGGAACAUCAGUGCUCGUGCUGAACGGCAUUUCCCAGCUAUUAGCCUCGUACCUAAAUGUUCUCUCGAAGCAUCCAUCGUUCAACAACUUGUGGCAAGAGCUCCUUGCUCAUUUCACCACACUCUUGGACUUCAAGAUCUUAGACGUCAGCACCGCAACCUUCAAGGCACUCGGUCAGAUCCUCGCCCAGGGACAGCCACACCACAAGUCGAGUUUCAGCAAAGAGACUGUCGACGCGGCGUGGCAAUUGUGGUCGCGAGGCAUCCCUGUGGCGGCAGGAGACGACGGCACAAAGAACGACAAUCAAAACUGCCUGACCGCCUACGUAGGCGCGUUUCAUGAUGUUUACCGGUUGGUCAGCGCAGACUUGACGGUCGAGCGGGUUCGCCAAAUGUUGACCUUGUUCCGAGAGGCGUUGCAACGGGCCACGGUGGGAGCCUACGUCAAUGAUGUUGAGUACACCACGCCUCUCCAGAAUCAGGUCCUGGAAGCCAUCAAGACAAUUCGAACGGACCUCGAGGGCGUCCCAUCGGCCAUGAUCUCACAAGUUGCCGAGUUUGUGCGACUGCCAUUCAAUCGCGAUCCCGCGAGGGAAGGGGCAUCCAAGCGCACAUAUGUUGCCAUGUCCAAAGGCAGCAUGGCAGUCUUGCAAAGACUAGUAUUGAUCCAUGCUGGCGACGCCGACGUGUAUGCCAGUGGGGCCUUUUCUGCAGCACUGUCGGCGCUGUCCAAGGCCAUCAUUCUCAAAUACCGAUUCCCAAUCGUCACGAAAUCUACCCAACCGUGGAGGCUUGCAACUGAUUCUACAUUGGCCGUCUUGGAAGGAACACUUCCCCAUCUACAUACGCUUGACGUGCCAAAAGAAACUAUCCCUGACAUCUGGCGGCUGAUAGUUGAUGCUGCUGACGGCAUCAUCAGCGCCGACACUGAAGCGGCGCCCGACAAGACGGAUAUUCUGGACGACGAGGCCUUUGACAUGAAGUCAUUCCGCAAACUGCGGGAGCUCAUUAUUCCCUCGCUCGGCGCCGAGGUCAUUCCCGACAAGACGCGCAAAGCGUAUGCGGAGAGCCUGUUCCGAACGUCGAUGAUUCACACCCCACCGCCGGGCGAUUCGGCGCUCGGUGCUGAUGGUGCUGGCCUCUCAGCGAUGUACAAGCCGCGAAAGGGCCGUACAUCCGACCCAGCGGCCAAGGCACGAUCAAAGAUGAGCUACGUCUGUCUCGAGGAGCUCUUUUCGCUCGUCGCCACGCACGACGAGGACACGCCCGGGCCGUCCAUCACGAUCCAGCCACCGACCCCUCGCUGGCCGCCUCCAGCCCUCACCCUGCCUCACCCGGCACCCGAACCGAUCAGCAGCCUCCACAUCCGGACCGCUCGUGCCACCGCACCGUUUCUCAUAUUGAGGGCCGCCUUGCCGCUGCGGGCCUUCAUUGCCGACCAGCCCCUUCGAGGCCGUAUGCCGCAGCCCCUCUCACAACGGCGGGAGCUCCUUCGCCUGCUCGAGGCGCUUGUAGCCCUGCAGUCGCAGCCCGAGGCCAUUCCCGACUCGCCGAACGUGGAGUGUGAGACGAGGAAGCACCUUUUGCGGUUGUAUCCCUUGCUCGUGGCUGUCGUACGCGUCGCUGGGGCGGCAGGUGACGAGGCCGUACUGCAUCUCGGCACGGAAGCGUUGGACAUUGUGGGCGGGGAGCUUGGGGGUUGA